UUCUCAGUUUAAUGCCCACAUUUACGACACCUAGACCUCCUUUCUGCUCUGGUCUUAUCAUCGUAAGUCACACCCUCGUGCUCACAUCCUCAUCUCUCAUUUUAUACACUACAGUUACAGUUCUGAAUAAAGGAAAUCACAGGGUUUGAUGAUGGAGAAAGAAUCCAAUCCACCUCCAUAUUCCGGUCCUCAGGUGACUCAAACGGGCAUUAACUUACCCGGACACCAGGGAGCUUACAUGGCUCAAACAGAUCCGUCACUUUACCCCCCUCCACCUCCAUAUGGAUUUGGAGCUCCGCCCACUAAUGUCCAACCCAUGGCAGUUCCUGUAGUUACGCAGGUGGUGGUGGUGUCCACCCUCACCGAUGUCCCGGGUCGCAUUACCUGUCCUCACUGCCAUCAGGAUGUCAUCACAGAAACUGAACAUCUCAGUGGUUUGCUCACAUGGUUAAUCUGUGGAGCCCUCGCUAUCUUUGUGUGCUGGCCAUGCUGUUGUAUCCCUUUCUGUGUGGACUCGUGCAAGGAUGUAAAGCACAGCUGUCCAAACUGUAAAAAUGUAAUUCGUGUUUAUAGCCGCGUGUAGCAUAGUCUGAACCAGAGAGCAUGAGGAACCACAGAUAAAACCAGCAGAGCUCAGCAGACGACUCUGGGGCAGAUCCACACCGGAGCUGCCAACUUCGGCCCAUAUUAGGGCCAGAUCCGCCCUGGUGUCUUCUGCUGUCUGGUAUGGGAGCUUUUACCUGUAUGUGCUAUAAAUUAUUCAAAGUCUACUAAAUUCUAAAUCCGUUGUUGUAAGAGAGUGUAGUAAAUAAUAAAAACAUGUAAAAGGGUGAUAGGCUAGGCGACACCUAUAAUGCCAAGUAAAAAGAAAUGUAAAAAUAAACUUCCCCCUCUUACUGAGAAUUAUAUGGUCUGUGAUUUGAAGUCUAUGGUGUAAUUGUGCCGCCAUUGUAAUUCUAAAACAACACAUUUAAGCCUAGAGAAAAUCUAUAUUAAAACUAUUUUACAUACUUAUCAACAUUUUGCACAUGUAACGUCUAUUUUAACUGUGAAAUAAAAAUGUAUCUUGAAAACUGA